CUCUACCGCCUCUAAAAGAUGGUACAAUUCGAUUAUAUAGUAUGAGAUAUUGUCCGUAUGCACAGAGGUCAAGAUUGGCGUUACUUGCGAAGGGGUUAGAGUUUGAAACAGUGAAUUGUAACCUUAAAACCAAACCCGAUUGGUUGUUUGAAAAGAACCCAAACGGUUUGGUACCAGUGCUGGAACAUGAUGGAAAGAUCGUCUAUGAUUCACUGUUAAUCAAUGAUUAUUUGGAUGAAGUAUUUCCAGGUAAACGUCAGCUCCACCCUAAAGAUCCCUAUCAAAAAGUAUUGGACAGAAUGACAUUGGCUAAUUUCAUGAGCAAGGCAUCAUCCAUUCGUAAUUACUAUAAGUCGAAAGGUGAAGACAAGGAAUCCCUUUUUAUCAUAACGACUGCACUUGAAAGACUUGAGCACGACUUGAAGAAAAAAGGCUCUACUUAUUUUGCAGGUGCAGAGCCGGGAAUGGUGGACUAUAAUUUGUGGCCGUUUUUAGAGAUCCUGAAAAACUUGGAAAUAUCGUAUAAUGAAAACUACUUAAAUGAAAAGAUACCAUUCUUGAACGGGUACAUAAGGGAUAUGAUGACCGAUGAAGCAGUAAAAUCCACCUACAUCUCGCCAGAGAUAUAUAUGCGUUAUCUAAAUUCCAUGUUAUCUGGUAACUCUCAGUACGAUGGAUUGGAACUGUAAAUGUGCUCGUGAAAUGCCUGUCCACUGUACUCAGGGCGUUACAGUCGCCGCGCAUGCGCAGAGUUCGUUAAAUUCCGUGCACCUUCCAUGUUCCGUGUAAGCAGACGCGUUGCAGUGGCGGCGGCACGAGAUGGAGGAGGACUG